AUGCAAACAAAUUCUCACUUGUUGUUCUUCUGGCAGGCUCUCUAUCGUUGGUUGAAGCUUGGAACGAUUUCCGUAUUUCAGAACUUAUCUCGCUUAGAGGCUUCCUUCUGCACCUUCUUGUUACAAGUGUUGCCUCGUUUUCUUGAGAGUUUCCCGAAUCUAAAAUAUCUCACUUUGUACCUAGUUCAUACCGCUGUGCCAGAGCCAGAUAAGCUUGAACCUACCGUUGUGCCUCGGUGCUUACUGUCGAGUCUCGAGCGUGUUGAGAUUAAAGAAGUGAUUACGGAACAAGAUACUUUGUGGAAUAAGACCAUCAGUAAGAGAACCGCAACAAGACUAUUGAGGGUCAAGAAGAGUCACUGGAUGAAAGCAGUGAGGUACAUUCUCGAGAACUCAUUAGUCCUCAAGAGACUCAUUUUGUGUUUCUCUCCUUUAACCAACCAAGUCUCGGAUACCUCCAAGGAGCUUAGUACAUUCACAAAACGUUCUCGCAGAUGUGAAAUCUUCAUUCGUGUCCCAUAUCUUUGA